AUGCACCAGCUGUCUCAGCACCCCGAGACGCAAAGACCGUCCUCAGACACCAUGGACUCUCCUCGCCCCUUCCAGUCUUCAUUAAGUAUCAACGCCUCAUCGCCCGUCUCCCCCGCCCUCUCUCUGUUCUCGGCCAUCGGACACAGCCGUGUCUCCAGCUCCGUCUCGUCUCUCGUGCCCCCCGCCGGAUUGGGCAACAUGGAGAGCUCCAGUCGAAGCCAUCUGGCCGGCGUCAAAGAAGAGCUCCCGGCGCGAGACUCGAUCGAAGAUCAAUAUUUCCAACAUUUCGAAUGCAGUGUCCCCACGACAGACGAAUCCUACUUCCCCAUGGACGACUCGGCUGGAUACACGAUGAGUGACUCGGGGUUGGAGAUCUGGGACUCGCCUCCCAAGCGUCGCUCAGAUAGCUUGUCCACCAAGUCCAUCUCCCGCGUCGGGUCGCACGUCUCGACCGUAUCGGCCCGGUGGAAACCCAAGCGUGCUUCGGGGAGCCCGGAACAAGAGGCGCCAGUGGAAGAUUCGCGAACGCGCGCAGACUCCGCCGCUUCUAUGGCUCUGGCGAGUUCUUUCAUCGCCACUCCCAUGAGUCGCAUCAACUCUCAUAUCCCUCCAUCCCCGGCCCAGACCAUCUUCGAGGAGCGCGUCAGUAAUUCGGGCGCCCGACCAAUCGAUAUCACUCGCGCAAACAGUAUCAGUCAGCAGGAGAAUGAGGAAGAGGAUCUGCAAGCCACGACCCCUCUGCUUCCACCACUGUUAGGGGAUAACCACUCCAGCACAACCACCUCGCGAGUUCAGUCCCCACUUCAGUCGCCGUCAGUCGCCGAUGUGAGCGAGAGCACAUCCCCAAACAUGGGCGCGGAGCCUCGCUUCAUGGGCGUGUCCGGUAUUCCUUCCCCGCCGCUCUCCUCCAAGCCUUCCUUGGCAUCCAUCUCCCGAGCUCGCGCGGGCACAAUCCGCACCGUCUCCGGCGAGGCCGCCCCCUUCGUUCUCACGGAUCCGAACGAUGUGUGGGCGGCCAAGCUGGGUCAUGCCAAUUUCACUAUCCAACCUGAACCGUACGUCCCGGAGGUCUUUGAUCUGAAGCACUUCCAGCAACUACGUACGGACUGGGAUCUCGCGCGGUGCAAUUUCGCGAAGCACCUGGUUCGCACCGGCGAGCAUUACGGGGUGACCUCCAAUAUCUACAAAUUGACCAGCCUCAAGUGGGAAUCGAUUGAUCGCGAAUGGCGCACUCAGCACGAGGCCACUCUCAAUGCCCUCGGAUCAGCGGACGGCGUCGCAUUGGCUCUGACUCACACUGAGCGACGACCCUGCGAACGCGUCUGCGUCCCGCGUCUCCACGAUAACGCCAAGUUCCCCGAUAUGGGGGAUGAAGACAUUGUCGGACCGAUGACUGUCUCCCCCGUGGCGGAAAUCGCAGGUCCCUGCCGUCCCAAGUCUUAUAAGAAGCGCAACUUUUUCCGUUUCUUCCAAGAUUUGGUGGGUCGAUCGUGA